AUGGAUUAUAGUGAAAAAUCCCAUACCGAGUUGGUUCAAAUUCAAAACAAUCAGAUUAAACAACAAGAUGAAAUAUUAGAUAAUAUGUUACAGACAACGGGAGUAAUAGCAGUCAAUAUGAAAACUCUCGAUUUAGCCUUAAAGGAGGACAAAAAGAUUAUAAACGAAUUAAACAAAAAGGUUGAAUAAGCAACUGAUGAAAUAAAGGAUACUACUUCUAAAAUGAAAACUCUGCUUUCAUAUACGAAUGAUUGGUGUCUUUGGAUUAUAAUAUUGGUAGAAGUUGUAGUAUUUAUUUUUCUUGUCAUAAAUUGA